GCCCUCCACGCAGGAGACGAGGGAUUUCACAACCCAGCCCAGACAGGAUUAAAGAGAAAUACACAAGUAAACAAAUAGCGGCCUCGUAAAACUGGACGUGCUGCGAGGGAAGCGGAGCCUCUGGGUUGCCGGUCAAACUGCCCCUGUCAGAGGAAAGGAGUUGCUUCCUGUUAUUUCCAUUGAAAUCCUUGUCCCGCUCGUUAGCCGGCAGGCUUUGGCAGGAUGGCACCGCGGGCGCAGAAGGGCUCUGGCCGGCUCUUCCAAGGGCUCCUGCUGCUCUGGGCGUUCCUGGGGACCGGGCUCUGCCAUGCGGGCACUGAGACCAAAGGAUUUGGCCAGGAUGGCAGGACGAGCCCACCCGUGGCCAAGAUCAACUGGACCGUCCAACUCAUCGAGGAGAUGUACAGCAACAUCACGGAGAAGUGCUGGGAGUUCUUCGUUGACCUCAUGAGUAACGUGACAGCGUCGGAGCUCUGUGAGUGGAAAGUCAUCAGCAGACCCUACAGCUUGCUGCAGGCCUGCCUGGAGGACUGGGCUGACCGCCUGCGCUACGGUUACCCCAACGCGCUGGCCGAGCAGUACAUCUUCCAGAGCCACCAUCGCUACUUCCACAACUGCACCCUGGAACACCAGGCCUACUUUGACCCUCCCGAGGAUGUGCUGCUGGCCAUGAUCAUCGCCCCCAUCUGCCUUAUCCCCUUCCUGGUCACUCUGGUCAUCUGGCGUAGCAAGGAUGGAAAGGCACAGCCCUAGCGCCAUGGCCUGGGCCCCCUCACAGGCUGCGGCUAGCACAAAGUGGCCAGUGGUGGCCCUAUGGGUCCUCGGUGCUGUCCCACAACUCCCACCUCCCUGGGGCUGGGGGGGGGUCCUGGGGUUUACUGGCUGCCAGUGGUGCCUCCCACCCUGUCCCACUACCGGCCCCAUGGCUGGGGAUUAAAUGUUUCUCACCCCACGCCU